UUCCGGUGGUGUGACGACCCCGUUUCUGAGUGAAGUGUGUGGAGCUGGGAACUACCUGAUAGCUGCGCGCGUCGUUGCAUGCAAGAUGGCUCUGCGUUGGAAGACGGCCAGGAGAACGUUGUCCAUGCCCGAGGGCGAAGAGAAAGGGCAGCUGGUGGUUCCUCGCAUCGUGACCACGGCCGACUGGGGCCCCAUGGACGAGUCCGUGGACGCGGCGGGGGACCUUCGCUAUCCGUCGGGCCCGCCGCUGGGCGUCUCGGCCACGCUGCCCGCGGAGCGACGCCGCUCGCUGUCCGGCGGCGCCCACCGCCUUCCCGCCCUGCAGCUGUCGUCAAGGGCGCGCAGGCAGUCCGGCGACGAUGUGCUCGGUGGCGUGUCGCCGUCCCGCAAGGCUGUGCUGUUCGAUGCCUUCCGGCCUCGCUCCAAGUCCGACUCCAAAGGCUCUUCGUCCUCAGGGAGCCGCAAGCCCAACAACCUCAUGUCGGCGCUGCGGGGCCACAGCUGGUUCCCGGGUUCUCGUAGCGCACUCACGCCGCCCAACGGCGCCGCCGGCGGCGGCGGGGUGUCGGCGCCCAUGUCUCCGCUGUCGCCUCUGAGCCCCGUGGACCCGGAGGCCCCGUUCCGGCGCCCGCGCUCGGGCUCCGAGAGCCGCACGGGCGCCGUCUCCAAGGUCAUGGACCUCUUCCGGAGCCGCUCGCAGUCGGUCAGCGUCGAGGGAAAGUCCAAGAAAUUCCCGGGCAGCAGCAGCAGCAGCCAAUACGAUGACGUGCUGAUGGUGUUGCCCGGUGUACAUGUUCUCGGGCGGCGGCGUGAGUCGAUUGGCUGCCCGCCACGGAUUCCUGCAUCGGAGUCCGAACAAACUUCCUCAUGCGGACUCUCUCUGUGAUAAGAUAGACAUCGAGGAUUUGGGUGAAGAUGAAAACAUGCUGUUUGUAAAGUUUUUCAAGUAUUACCGCUGCUACGAUCUCAUUCCUGUCAGUGCCAAACUUGUUGUUUUCGACACAGAACUGCUGGUAAAGAAAGCCUUCUUUGCCCUUGUGAGCAAUGGUGUGAGAGCAGCUCCUCUCUGGGACAGCGCCAAGCAGGAGUUUAUCGGGAUGCUGACUAUCACAGACUUUAUUUACAUUCUGAGGAACUACUACAAGUCUCCCUUGGUGCGAAUGGAUGAACUGGAGGAACAAAAGAUCAAAGCAUGGAGAAAAGUCCUCAAUGACACCUCAAGGCCAUUGGUGCACAUUGGACCUGAUGCAAGCUUGUGCGAUGCGAUCACAACACUCAUUCACAACAAGGUGCACCGACUGCCGGUCAUCGACCCACAAACGGGCAACGUACUCUACGUUCUGACACACAAGAGGAUUCUUCGCUUCCUUUUCCUUUAUUACUAUGAGUUGCCCCAUCCCAGCUAUUUGGAUCAGACGCUUCGGGAGCUGAAGAUUGGGACAUAUGAAAAUAUUGCCACGACAAAGCCUAGCACACCAUUGAUUGUGGCACUAAAUCAAUUCAUCAAAAGAAGAGUGUCGGCGCUGCCAGUGGUCGAUGAUCGGGGAAAAGUCGUUGACAUUUAUGCCAAGUUUGAUGUCAUUAACCUGGCAGCUGAAAAGACAUACAACAACCUUGACAUUACGAUCAAGAAAGCUCUGGAGCAUCGUGAUCAGUAUUUUGAAGGGGUGCUCAAGUGCACAUUGGACGACACACUAAUGGCUGUCAUGGAGAGAAUUGUCAAGGCUGAGGUCCAUCGGUUGGUUGUUGUUGAUGAAGAGGACCAUGUUGUUGGCAUCAUCUCGCUCUCGGACAUUCUCUCGUUCUUGGUUCUCAAGCCACUUGGCAUGGAGCGGCCGGACAGAAACCGGGCCUCUGAGGCUACUUCACUUCCCGUGCACGAGGAGAAUGAGUCCGAGGAGUCUCACGAUGACGACGGGGGUGGGGCAGCUGACAAGAGCCAGGCUUCAGAAAACCAGAGCACCUCCGAAGACCAGCCACAGCCUGAGGAACCUUGAGGGCCAAACCGAGUGCUUGACAAGGAUGUACAUCGCCUCGUCUUUCCAAGGCAACAGCUGCAGCAGUGUUCAAUUUCUGCUGUCUUCCAUACUAAGGGGCUUGCCUGGAAGUAGCUUCCUCUCUGAGAAGCAAGAGCCCUUGGCCUAGCUUGCGAUAGCCCAUUUCCAAGCGACAAAAAAAAAAAAAAGCCUCGUGGAAGAUUUUUCCAGGCAUCGUCAUCCAAUGACAGCUCGCCACAAAGGGGUGCUCUACACGAUGUUGUCUUUUUCCCCCGUCACCUUGUCAUGGCUGUCGUGCAAAUGUGUGGCAGCUGCAACAGAAGCAGCACACGAAUUAACCUUCUCGAAGACGAUCAGUGCGUGGAGAAGAAUUUUUUUUCUUUUCCAUCUGACUGACUCGGAAGUUUGUUUCCCUGAUGGCAGAAAUACCUGGCAAUGUUCAGAAGGCAAGAAUUGUCAGCAGUGAACUUGCAUGUAAACGCGAACACGCAGAGAAAGAAUUCGAUGGAAGCCACGAAAGGCUGUAACCUUCAGACAAGAAUGAUCCUUUAGGUCAGAACGCAGUUCAGAGGCUUUCUAGAUUGUUAGACUGUGUGCACUAAUCGCAUAUAUGUUGCUGGAACGCAGCUUUGAUGCUGCGUAAUGGAUUCUGUUUGUCCCCGGAUUUCACAAGUGUGUAGCAGACAUUAUGCAUCUGCGGCACCUUUGCUUUUUGUUCGUGGGGCUGUGUAAAUACAUGCACAAGAAUGUCUGCAUGGCCAGAGCCGUGCCCAUCGUGUUCUGCUGUUACCUUGUUGAUUUAUUUUUUUUUAAAGACUCCCAGCUCUAUUGCUUGGAGCAACUGUGCCGUUUGAAAAAAAAAAAAGAAAAAGAAUGUUUGGUGUUAGGUUUGUCAAUGCCAUAUUGCUGUAAGAACGGACAGGAUGAAUUGGUACCUGCCAACAUGCUUUAUUUAGAGAUGCCCGCCACGAAGCUGGUUUACAAACCAAGAAGCCAAAACUGAAAGGAGAGUUGCUGUAUGAAUCUCUCCUCCAACUGUACAUAGUUAAAGACCAUACAUGUCAAGAGCUCUUUUUCUGAUCCAUAAAGAGGCUUGUCUUUCAUAAA